AUGUCAUUUUGCAGCUUUCUCGACUCACUGGAUAGGAUUUACGAUAAGAAUUUCGUACCCACAGAGCAAGACAUACUACGAACACGAGUAGCGACAAUGGGUGUGAUUGAAGUUUGCUUCACAAUGAAAAACAAGUUAUGGAGGGUUUUCGAUGUUGGCGGUCAACGGUCACAACGAAAGAAAUGGAUUCAUUGUUUUGAUGACGCAAAGGCCUUGAUUUAUGUGGCAUCGCUGAGUGAAUACGACCAGGUUCUGCUAGAAGACGAAACAACGAAUCGGAUGCAAGAAUCGCUUCAAUUAUUCCGUCAAGUAAUCAACAACAAAUACUUUGUGAAUACCUCUGUUAUACUCUUCCUUAACAAGAAAGAUCUUUUCGAAAAGAAAAUAGGACAUGGGAAGUCGUUACGGAUCGCAUUUCCCAACUACAAAGGAGGAGAAAACUACGAUGAAGCUUCGAAAUACAUUGAGGCACAAUUCAUGGCCGCUAACGAAAAUCGUGAAAAGUCUAUCUACACCCACCUCACCUGCGCCACCGACACUCAACAAGUGCAAUUCGUUCUUGAUAGCGUCUUGGACACGAUACUGUCGUCGAAACGUAAAGGAUGUGGGCUUCUAUAA